UUAUUCAAAACAAAUAAAAAUUUAUGUUUAUAAAAUUGCUAUCUACUAUAUCUAUUUACUUUCAACGAAAAAAAAUAUUUUCAAUUGAAAAAAGCAUGUCUAAACUAAAAGCGAUAAGAGAAUUGGGAUAUGAUUUUAACGCCGAAGGACAAUUAAGAAAGAUUGGAGCCAACGGAUGUCUAAGCAAUGAACCUUUUCAGUUUAAUGUAAGCAACGAUCAUCUUGAGUGCCAGGCACAUUAUGAACAGUUAGGUGCUGCAGUUACUGAGCACAUUUACCAAUUAUUAGAAAAAGAAGAAAACUUAUUAAGGCUACCAGUACCUGUUGAAGCACCUGAAUGUAGCACUUUUAUUUUUGCGUCCAAAGAUUAUGAAACGAAAGAUGUCUUGUUAAUAUUGAUUCAAGGAACAGGUGCGGUCCGAGCUGGUCAAUGGGCAAGAUCCUUAGUCAUAAAUGAUGAUCUGGAAACAGGCACACAGAUACCCUACAUUCGUAAAGCCAUAGGAAAAGGUUUUGGAGUAAUAGUUAUGAACCCGAAUGACAACCAUAGAAAUGGAAUAAAAAUACUGAAUAGCAGUACCAGUGAGGAGCAUGCUGAAUAUGUAUGGAAGACAUAUGUGUCCACUGCUAAUGCCAGUAGCAUAGUUAUAGUAGCACACAGUUAUGGCGGUCUACUUACCGUAAUGUUAGCAGAGAAGUUCAAGAAAGACUUUGAAAAAAGAGUCAAAGCUGUUGCCUUCACAGAUUCCAUACAUUCCUUCUCAGGCUCUAAAGUUCCGAAUUAUUUGAAAAAGAUUGCCGUAAAUUGGAUAUCAAGCCCAACUUCUCUAGAUACACCAAUGAAAACUCCUGAAUAUGAUGUCACAAGACUUUCUGCAGGUCACCCGAAACAUGAGAUGACUUCAUAUGUGUGUAUGAGCUCUGUAUUUAAUUUUAUUGAUGAAAAACUGAACAGCUAAAAAUUGCAUUAAAUAAUUAAACAUUAUAGAUAGGAAAAAAAAUUAACUCCAAAUUAUUCAUAAAAGAGACAUAAUUUUUGUAUAGUUUAUUUAAAUAAAUGUUAUAAUUUAA